ACGAACAACGUGCAGCCAAAGUCAGUCCUAGUAGGCCUCUUAAGUUAUCCAGUACUGUCGCCGUCAGAAAGCUGUUCACGGCACUGCGGGUUCAUUCACGUCGCGAAGUUCGAAAAUUCGAUGCUUGGCACAUGGGUAAACGUGCCAUAAACUGUCAUUGGCUCCUUAAAAUUACAACUCGAUGAGCGGGAGAUAAGUUGGCUCCUUCCUCGCCCCUUCACGUCCGUGCCAUGUUCGACGUGUCCAUCGAGGAUGCGAUACCCCCUGCAUUCCUAUACUCAUUUCUAGCGCUGAUAGUGGCUUAUCAUAUCUUUGCGCCUCUGUGUUCCACCGUGAAACAACGAUCAUGGAUAUUGACCACAAUCAGUAGCGCUGCGAUGUCUCUGUCAAGUUUACCUCUUUUCUUUCGCUAUGCCAGUUCUCGUGGAGAUUUAAGAGAGAUAAAGUCAACACUUUGGACGGAGAAUACAGGUCGAUUCUUUCAAGCAUAUCUUGUCGCAGACCUAUUGAUGGGCGUGAUUUACUACCGUAGCAAGGUUAACUUGUUAACAGGCUGGAUUCAUCACACGACAUACAUUUUCAUUGUCGGGUAUUCCUGUCAUAUGGGCUGGAGUCAUCUGUUUGCACUGUGUGCGGUGAUGGAGGUGAAACUCCAAUUCUCAUGGCUCGCGUCUGCACACAUUGAGAGCGCUAACUUGAUACAGGUACCUACCUUCAUUAUGGCUAUUGCGAGUCUCAACUCUCGCUUCCGCUCGGAUGUAAUUUUCGCAUUGUCGUUUUUUGCGACUCGUAUCGUUCUUCAUAUAUUUCUAUGCGCAUCGAUGGUCGCCAGCCGGCACAAUGUCACGAAUGAUUCGUUUGGCCCAAGUAUCAUCAUGGCUGGCAUCUUCCCUCUUCACGCAUUCUGGUUUUACGGGUGCCUGAAGGGGUUCGUCAAGCACGCCAAAUCUGUAAAGCCUCAGCCCGUCAAGCAAAGCAUUGUUACGGCAUCUCCAAGUCCGUCAGGGUUUACUUCCUUACGUGCAAGGUCUUGGACACUGCCACGCCGCCGUGGCUCGCUUAGGCAGGCUGUUCGCGCUUGGGACAGGCUUGAGCUCAGAAAGGCAGCCGGACGUUUCGGGGAUGUGCAGCGCCGUCUAAGGGCUUCAUUACCUGCGGCGCGCGAACGUGUGUAUGCUUAUGUUGGAUUAGAGUGGCCCCCGAGUGGAGAGCCACAACGGACUGGUGUUGUGAAGACUGAAUCCUCUUUGUGAUAUAAAGACAAUUUACAAGGUGUGGUGUCUAUUCGUCCUUUAUACCUCGAUGGUUUAUGCGGGAUAACUUUAUAUUAUGCAACUCUAUACCCAUACCCCUGUAAUAAUAGUGUAUCAGGACACUAACGAGCUUUACGACCUCUAUGCCUUUUACCAUUAUGUUUAUGCUGUAGACGCCUGUAGAUUUCUGCCUUAUGUAUUCGAUGGGACGUCUUCUGAAAACAUUUGUAAGUCACCGUUGUGGUAUGGCCGCCUGGCGAAAUGGCAUCGCGUCUGACUACGAU